AACUCUGCCUUUCCAGAGUCCCUGUACCAAUACCAAACAUCUUCUUCACUCUCAACCAGACGUCAACACCACAAACCAAGACAGACUUACGACCUCAAUUACUUCUUCCCAAGUCUCCUCUUCCUCCUUUUCCAUUCAAUCGCCCUCAUUCUUCCUCCCUUGCCGCUCUUCACACACACACACACACACACUUCCGCCAUGUCUGUCGAAGUCACUCCGUCGAAGCAGGCUGCUGCUGCCCUCGACUCUUUGAAGAUGGAGUCACCCGUCAAGAAACUCAACUUCAACCCCGCCGACAAGGAGAACCAGCCCCUCACAUCCGACGUUGCCACCGCAACUGAGAAGACCGACGUCCAGACAAAGCCCACGCAGGAAGUCGCAAAGAAUGAGAACAAGAUCGUUAUCGCUCCCGGAAUCAAGGAGCACGAGAAGGACGAGCCUCUUCUCCAGGAGAACGGCCAGCGCUUCGUUCUCUUCCCCAUCAAGUACCAUGAGAUCUGGCAGAUGUACAAGAAGGCCGAGGCCUCUUUCUGGACCGCCGAGGAGAUUGAUCUGUCCAAGGAUCUCCACGACUGGAACAACAAGAUCAACGAUGAUGAGAAGUACUUCAUCUCCCACAUCCUCGCCUUCUUCGCCGCAUCCGACGGCAUCGUCAAUGAGAACCUCGUUGAGCGCUUCAGCGGCGAGGUCCAGAUUCCCGAGGCUCGUUGCUUCUACGGUUUCCAGAUCAUGAUGGAGAACAUUCACUCUGAGACCUACUCGCUACUCAUCGACACCUACAUCAAGGAGCCUGCGCAGCGCACGUACCUCUUUAACGCCAUUGACACUAUCCCCGCCAUUCGCAAGAAGGCCGACUGGGCCUUGAAAUGGAUCAGCGACGAGAGCUCAUCCUUCGCCCAGCGUCUGGUUGCCUUCGCCGCUGUUGAGGGUAUCUUCUUCAGCGGUGCGUUCGCCUCCAUUUUCUGGCUCAAGAAGCGUGGUCUCAUGCCUGGUCUGACCUUCUCCAACGAGCUCAUCUCUCGCGACGAGGGCCUGCACACUGACUUUGCCUGCCUAUUGUACUCUCACCUCAAGCACCGCCCCAACAAGCAGGUUAUUGAGGACAUCAUUGUCGAUGCGGUCAAGAUUGAGCAGGAGUUCUUGACUGAGGCUCUGCCUUGCGCUCUCCUCGGCAUGAACUCCAACUUGAUGAAGCAGUACAUUGAGUUCGUUGCUGACCGUCUCUUGGUCGCUCUUGGCAACGACAAGGUCUACAAGUCUUCCAACCCCUUCGAUUUCAUGGAGAACAUUUCCCUCGGCGGAAAGACCAACUUCUUCGAGAAGCGUGUUGCCGACUACCAGAAGGCUGGUGUGCUCAACAGCACCAAGAAGGCGCAAGAAGACACCAAGGUUGAGGGUGAGAACGGCGGAGACUUUGCGUUCGAUGAGGACUUCUAA